AUGCGCGGCUUUCGCUUUGCCUCGCGCAGCGCGGCCGCAGCGACCGGGGCCCUUGGCUCCGGGGUCUUGGCGGCCGGACUGCAUUGCAGCGCGAGGAAGCCAUCGAGCUCUGCCCAGGGCACUCUGCACUGGGACCAAGGCCGAUGGGGCUCGGGCCAGCGAGGCUCCGUGGAAUGCGAAGCGGCGAAGAAGAAGCUGACAGUUGCCGAGCUGUUGGCACUGAAAGGAAAGCGGCAGAUUGUGCUGACCACUGCGUUCGACGAGUGGACGGCACGUGCGGCGGAGCAGGCUGGGGUGGAUAUGAUUGUCGCCUGGGGCAGCUGUCAGGAGCACAGCAAGUUCGUCGUUGAGGCUGUACGAAGAGGAGCACCUAACACGCUCAUUGGAACUGGGAUCAAUCCGGGAGCUUACGAGAGCCAGGAAAAGGCCCUUCAGCUUGCCAAUGAGAUGCGGGCCGCCGGCACUGACAUCAUCUACUGCUCAGGCCUUGUCCCAGAGAAGUUUCAUGGGCUCGCAAAGCAGCACUUCCCUUGCUGUGGUCACGUGGGCUACCUUCCUGUGAAUGACACCUGGCUUGGCGGCCCAAGAGCAGUCGGCAAGACAGCAGAGGAGGCCAAGAAGGUCUACGAAGAUGUCAUGGCCCUGGAGGCAGCUGGUUGCAUAGCCGUGGAGAUGGAGUGCGUUCCUGCCAAGGUGGCGGCGGAGAUUAGCAAGCGCACGAAAAUGCUGGUGUUUUCCAUGGGGAGUGGUCCUGACUGCGACGGCCAGUUUAUUUUCUCGGAGGAUCUCAUGGGCACGAACUCAGGACACUACCCCCGCCAUUCCAUCACCUAUGCGAAUCUUAUGGCAGAUGCCGUGCAGGCAUUGAGCCAGUACUGUCAAGACGUGCGGCGCGGCGCGUACCCUGCAGCAAAGCACUGCAUCAAGAUGAAGGAAGAAGAGUUCAGGUGCUUCAAAGACAGCCUCAGCUGA